AUGGCGGCGGAGAGCGGGACGGGAGCGGCGGAGCGCCAGGAGUUGUCGCCGCGCUCCCAGCAGCAGAUGCAGGAGCGCACCCCGCCGCCCCCCGCCGCGCCCCCCCCGGCCCCGCUGCCGGCCUCGCGCCGCUCCCCACAGCUCCGCGUGCUGCUGACGCCGCUUCCCGCGCCGGGCCGGCGGCUGCCCCAGAAGCGGCUGUUGGGCGCCUACGAUGAGGCGGCGGGGGGGGACGGGAAGCGGCGGCGCGCGGAGCCCUGCGACCCGGAGCGCGCGGACGGCGGGUCGGACGGCGACGCCGACAGCGACGGGACGGAGUUGGGACAGGAUGGGAGCCCGCAGCUGUCGGCGUACGAGAGGAAGCGGCUGAAGAACAUCUCCGAGAACGCCAAGUUCUUCGCUGCUUUGAAGCUGCACGAGUCAGCCGCAAGACUCCACCAAAUUGCAGCUAAAGGACCAUCUCACGUCACCAAGAGAGCGAAGCCCAAGAAGGCCGAGGGCAGCACAGUGCAGCGCAGGUCUAUGCGGCUCCAGAGGAUGCAGCCCCCAGAGGUCCCGCAGGUGGAGGCACCGGCGCAGGAGGAGGAAGAAUAUCCCCAGGUCCCCGCUGGACCGCUGCCCAUGGCCGUGGAUGAGCAGGAGAAGAGCAGUGAUACAGCAUUGCUGGGCACCUGGCUGCGGCUGAGCGAGAUGAACAGUAAUGACACUGAAAAGCCCACGUGCGACAUGAAGAGGUACCAGGCUGCCCUGAGCAGCAUGCUGCUGCGUGAGGAUGGCAUCAGGAAGGUGGUGAGCAGCCGUGUGUGCUCUGUGGCCAUCCACCCCUCGGAGAGCACCGUGCUGGUGGCAGCUGGUGACAAGUAUGGUCACGUCGGGCUCUGGGACGCUAGCUGUACAACCGAGGGAGGAGCGCUCGUCUUCACCCCACACAAUUUCUCCGUCAACUGCAUGCGCUUCUCGCCCUCCCACCCCGCACAGCUGCUGUCCCUGAGCCACGACUCCCUGCGCUGCGGGGAUGUCAGCAGGGGGGUGUUUGAUGAGAUAUGCAGAAGUGAGGACAGCCUCUCCUCCUUUGAUUUCCUGGAAGAUGGCGCCUGCACGGCCAUCGUGGGGCUCUGGGGUGGCACAGUGGCUGUGGUGGACAGGAGGACCCCGGGGACGUCACCAGAGCUCUCUGCAGACAUUGGCUUCAAAGUAACGAGGACGGUGGACGUGCACCCCGUGGACAAGCAGUACUUCCUUGCUGCUGGCUCUGUCGAUGUCCGUGUCUACGACGUCCGAUGGCUGCGGCGCAGUGGGAACAAAGCUGUGAGCACCCUGCAUGGGCACACCAAGAGCGUGGCCUCUGCCUACUUCUCACCCAUCAGCGGGCACCGCGUGGUCACGGUGUGUGCAGACGACAAGCUGAGGGUCUAUGACACCAGCUCUUUAUCGGCCACCUCUGCCCUGCUCAGCACUGUCAGGCACAACAACAACACGGGCCGCUGGCUGACGCGCUUCCGCGCGGUGUGGGACCCCAAACAGGAGCAGUGCUUUGUGGUGGGCAGCAUGGCACGGCCGAGGCAGAUCGAGGUGUUCCAGGACACGGGGGUGCUGCUGCACGCCUUCUGCAGCCCCGAGUGCCUGGGCUCCGUCUGCUCCAUCAAUGCAUUCCACCCCACCAGGAACGUCCUUGUGGGUGGCAACUCCAGCGGUCGCCUGCACAUCUUCAUGGAGUAGGGGAG